AUGCUAUCUGCAAACUAAUCUUUCUAAAGAGAGAAUAUACUAUCUUCAUAAAGGAUAGUAGAUAAUAAUUAACCAUAAAAUUAUAAUAACUAAUAAUCUGGAGAAGCAAAUAAUAACAAAGCUUUGGAAAUUUUAGAUGGAAAUCAAAGGAAACAAUCUGAUUUGAUAGAAUCUAUUCCUAUUGAUCAAAAUAGUAACCAAUAAAAAAUUCCUGUCUAUAAAAAGAAAAAAACUUUAAUUAUUGCUGGAAUUUUAGUAGCUAUAUUGCUCGCAAGUGCAGGUAUAGCAGGCUAUGUUUUAUAUAAUUAGCUAUAAGAAAAAUCAGACUCUCCUUAAAUUCCUGUUACUUUCCCUAAAUACAAAGAACAAAUUAUGGCCGGACAAGAAUAAAAUUUAUUGAAAAUUAUUCAUGUUCCUAAAACCUUAAGAGUUUAUGAGUACACUCUUUACAACCUUUAAAAGACAUAGUAGAGUUAGGAAUUAGAGAAUGAAUCUUUCUCUAAAACUACUCAUAAACUUGGUUUAGUUUGCACUAAUGUUACUGAGUCUUCGUUUGACAUGAUGCUUUAUGUCAUGGAAUCUACUUUUAUUGACAACACUACAAACAAAAACUCUACUCUUUCUGGAUACCCUUCUCUCAAAGAAAACAGACCUCAAAGAAGAUUUUUAAAAGGUGAGAUAGAAAGUGUCACACAAGAAGAAUCAAAUAUUGAUAGUUCCAUUUUUAGAGAAUUUGAACCACUUUCACAAAAUGAAGUUGAAAUCUUGAAAGCUAAAAAUAUUACUGAAGAGUAAUAUUACUUUAGUUAUCUCCCAAUUAUCAGAUUUACUAUGUCAAAAAAUGGCUUAAUUAAUUAUGUGUAAUAACCUAUUAACUUAAGAUACGAUUUACACUCUGUCUUUUUAAACAUCUUAGAAUAAAUCUCUCCUGUGGUUUUGAAAGAUUUUUAUUCUAUCGUUUAAUAAGAACCAACUAAGAAUGGUAACAAGAGAGUUUUGCAAUUUGCAAAAUAAUAAUAUUCUUAGAGAAUGCUAAAUAACUAAGAAUCUUAACCUAAUUUGGAAGCUCAAGUAGCAACUGAUGUAAAUGGUAAUUUACAAAAAUCUUUUUCAUAGACUAAUAACAAAGAAAAUUAUGCUGUCGAGAACACUUCUUAUACCUAAAAUACAACCAUAAUAAAUGGAGCACUUAAGAGCAGCCAAGUUGAAUCAAUAUUUUCAAUGAGUGACAAUUCCAAUAAUCAAGAACACUAAGCUCCCUUGAUGAAGAAUAUUGGAAUGAAUUCUAAUUGCACAAUUACUUUUAUGUAUUAAAAUGAUGAAAUGGAUUCUAAUUUGUAUGAUUAAUUAAAAGAAGAUUAAGAAAAUAUGGCUGUUUUAGAACUAACUUGGAAUGAAGCUAUUGAUAUUUAUAAUAAAGUAUUUAACUAGUCUUACUAAACUCAUACUAAAUCAAAACAAAAUGAAUAAAAGAGAGCACUAGAGGGACAAGACGGAAAAGCUAUGAAAACUGUAUUAAAGCCUAUAUUUAGAUAAAAUUAUGCUUCAAUUGAUUUUGGUGCUGAUGUUAAAUCAGAAUGUGUGGAAGCAGCAAUCAUUUCAGGAGAUGACAUUUGCACUGUUGGAUUAUACAGUUAUUUCAAUGGCAAUAGUAUGCUGGUAGCAGAGAAGUAAACUAAGAUUAAUAUCUCAUAAGUAUUAAAGUAUUAUCAGUACAUUUAGUAUAUUCUAUCUGAUAAAAUUGUUACCGUCAAAGGAAAACUUUAAAAUCAUAUUGAGACCAUUAGUAAUUAACUUAAUGACAUUAUGACUAGAGUUGACAUAAUGCUAGAUAUUUAACAAAAUCCAGUUUUAAAAGAUAUUUACAAUGUUGUUUAUAAGGACGAGUUAAAAAUCAUUAGUUAAAUUAACUAGAUCGAACUCUUUAUUAAUACAGCUAUUAAAAAUGUUAAUAAAAUCGCUGAAGAUCCUUUGACUACAUUGAAGAGUAGAAUCUUGAACUUCUUACUCAAGAAAUAAAUUGAUAUCAGAGAGUAAGUUGAAAAUAUUGAAAAGUUCUAUAAGGGGUAGUUUAAAAGAAUUUUAGACUAUAUAAUUUCUGUUAAAAAUAAUGGUGUUAGUGAUAAAGUCUACUAAAAGCUUAAAUCUGCUCUUGAACACUACGAUGGAGUAAUUAUUGAACUAGUUGAAAUUCCUGUAAAAAAGAUGCUUGAUGCAGUAGAAGCCUCCAUUCUUGAAUAGGCUGACUAAGCUUAUAAGAAUAGCAUGCAGGUAGAUUAAUAAGUAUCCGUUGAUUCUAAAUCUGCAGUAGCAUAAAAUAAAACAGAUAUUUCUGCUCCUCUAAAAUUAAAGUAAAUACUCACAACUGCCAAUCUCACAGAUACUCUUUCCACUAUAGUCUCUAAAUCAGUCAAACAAAUUUUCAAUUAGACUCAGGUUCAUGAUGCUUUGAUGAAGGGCUUAAAGCAAUCUUUAGAUUUGUAGAAGACAGAUGUCAUAAAGUAGCUUGACGGCCUUAAAAGAAACAAUACAGUUGAAGCUAAUCAAGAAGUUGAUGAAAUCAUACAAGAUAUUGAAAGUGUGGUUGAUUAUUCAAUAAAUUUAUAUCAUGAUGUUAAGGAAGUCAAGGAUGAUAUUGUUGAAAUAGUUAAUGCUCUCAAGAAGCUUUAAGGAUAUGACACCAAAAAGCUUAUACUAGAUCUUACUUCUAACUUAAUAGAUUUCCCAGUAAAUCUUGCUGUCUAAAUCAAAGAUUCUGCUGUUGUAACAGUACAAAAAAUUAAACAAAUCGGCUCUAAUAUGAAAACCAAUCUAUUAUAAUGGAAAGAUGAUUUGGUGAAAAACUCAACUUCUCUUGUAACUGAAGUCAAAACCUUAUACAAAGAUGUUAUUGAUUUUCUUUAAAUUAAAUAACUCCCAUCAUCUGAUGAUCCUAAAUUCUACAGCAAACCUCUAUUUGAUGAUAUCUCUCAAUUAACUAAUGGAGUUAAAGAUUUGAUGAAUGUUAAGUUCUAGAACUUAACUAAUACUUAUAAUAGAUUUGUAGAGAUUCCUAACAAAUUUAAAAAAUUUAUAAGUGAUUUCUAAGCACUUGGAAAGAGAACUGUUGAUUUCUACACUGAAAUUAAAGUUGCAAUCACUUCUGUGAAAAUAGAAGGAGGUCUUUUGUGGUAAUACAUUUAAAAUAAGACAGCAGAAGCUAAGUCUGCAUCUUUUUCUUCUAUCUAAAAUGUUAUCAACUCAGAUUUAGUAGAGUAAGUAUAAAGUUAAGCUAUUUCUCCUUUGAGUGACUCUUCUUCUUCUAUCAUGAAAACAGAUAUGAUUGCUUAUUAGUAGUAAGUAGACUUUUAGUAAACUAAUAUGACAUAAAUUUACAAAGAAGUAAUUAAAACUAUAAUAGCUAAUUCUGAAUUCGAUAAGAAGUCUAUCACUUUUGAACCCUUUUCAUUCCCUUUAGAAUACGUAUAUUUCUAUCCCACUCCUAUUGGUGUAGCUAUCAAGCUUAAGUUAUCUGCUUCGUGGAAUGCAGGUUUUAACUUGAAUUUAUCUUUUAAAAAUGCAACUUUAGAUUUAUCUGCAGGUGUUAAUACUAAAGUAAGUGUUUUAGGUGAGGUUUCUGCUUCUAUCGUUAUUGCUGAAGUUGGUGGAUAUGCUGAAGGAACGUUCUUAGAAACAAGCGUUACCACAGGUAUACAAUUAUAAGUUUUGAAUAGCUUUCAUGGUAAUUUUUAUAUCGAUGGAAGCUUUAAGCCUUAUAGCGUUAAGAUAGGUAUCUACUACAUGUAUUAUUUCCCUUCAGAAAUAACAAAGUGCGGAAGCAUUCCAUAACCUACCUAAGAUGAAAUUAAAGGAUAAAUUGAAGUGAAAAAAAAUGUCUAAACAAUUAAUCAAUCAAUUAUUUCAUCCAUCUUUAAUAAAAUAAAAAAGGCCAUUGAUUGUUUAACUUAAAUUAAAUUGGCUCCAUAAAAAAAAGAUAUAUUCCCUCCAAUUUAAGUCUAAGGACAAAUAUAUUAAAAACGUCUAUUUGAGGAAUCAUUCUGA